GGUUUUUAAUUAUUAUUUUAAUAAACUUCCUAGUUGGAGAUGGUAUUAUAAAUUUCAUUAUGCUCCUUUUGCUUUAGAUUUUGCUUUAUAUCUUAAUGAAAAUGAUUCUAUUUCUUUUUCUUCUGAUACUCCUAUUCUUCCUUUAGAACAACUUCUUUCUGUUCUUCCUCCUCAUUCUUUUAAUAAUAUUCCUUCUAAACUCGCUCAUUUUGUUCUUUCUCCUAAUUCUCCUAUUCUUCAUUAUUUCAAUACUUCUUUUAAAAUUGAUAUUAAUGGUGAAAAUAAACUUUAUAAAGGAAUUCCUCUUCUUCCUAAUAUUGACAUCGAUCUUCUUCAUUCCUUUGUUUUCGACCUCGAACUUUCUCUUCCUCCUUCUGACUUCAAACGAAAUAUUCUUCUUCCUUUUAAUAUCCUCUACGUCACUAAAAAUUCUUCUCUUCCUCUCUUCUCUAAAAUCCAAUCUUUAUAUCUUUCUAACUCUUCUCUCAUCUUCUCUCUUGACUCUUCUCUUGACCUUUCCCUUUCUCUUUCCUCUCUCCCUUUCUCUCUCUUUCUCUUCUUUCUCUCUCUUCCCUCUUUACUUUAUGGACUUCUUCAUCUCUCCUAA